AUGACACCUGUCCCCACCGAAGCCAUCACGAGUGCACGAUGCUACGUGACGCCAGGAUCAGCGCCACGUUCGCUUGCGGACCUGGUGCCGCAGAAAGUGAGUGAUAUGCUGAAUAGAAGUACGUUGUCUGAUUUAUCAGACGAUGCAUCCCUUCAGUCCCUGCUGCAAGCACAUCCACUCGCCCUGCAUGUGCCCAUGUGGUCAGCCCAUAUUCUGCGCCUCCGCGAUGCUACAGCAGCAUUGCACCGUACCUACCCAGAGACAUGGACCAAAUCCUGGAGUAUAGAAGAAAUUUUGGCGUCGCAGGCGGUGCAAGACCUGUCUCAUGCUUUGCAAACCUCUGAUACGCCGAUGCUUCGUGCGAGUGUUCGCAUUCAUGCCACGGGUACAUCGCGCACUAUCAUCGCACCAAUGUCAAUCCCACCCCCAUCAAAUCUUAUCGUACGUCUUGAUACUCAACCUGUGUGGCUUCGUGAUGCAAUGGUCCUGCAUAAAACCGAUGCUCGUGACCCCUACGACGCGGCCCGUGCACGUGUGCAUGGGACCCUAAGUGCUCCUUCGGCGGACCCAAACGCCUGCUUCGAUGUGUUGCUAUGGCAUACAGAUGAGGCAGGUGUAUCUUAUAUCACAGAAUCCAGCAUCGCCAAUGUCAUUGUUGAGCUUCCUGAGGAGACAGGCCCCAUGUACUAUACCCCUCCCUUUUCUGCGCUUUUGCCUGGGUUGCUGAUUCAAGGUCUUGUUCAUGAAGGUGUCGUACAUAUACAGCCCCUUCCAGUGGAAAAGCUACGUGUGAAGAUGCAGCAGCCCGGAGCCCAACUAUGGCUGUGCAAUGCUGUGCGAGGCAUGUUUGCCGUGUCCUUGGAAACGUCAUAA